AUGGACGUUAUCAUAAGAAAGCCUCAAAACUUCGCCAUUCACACGAGCCCUUCUCAUGACCUUCGCUUGGUGGAGUGCGAGAUACCAAAGCUACGGCCAGAUGAGUGCUUGGUGCACGUUCGCGCAACCGGUAUCUGCGGCUCUGAUGUCCACUUCUGGAAGCACGGCCGUAUUGGCCCUAUGAUCGUAACAGGAGACAACGGGCUAGGCCAUGAGAGUGCCGGGGUUGUCCUACAGAUCGGAGAAGCUGUCACUCGAUUCAAGCCUGGUGACCGAGUGGCUUUGGAAUGUGGUGUCCCAUGCUCUAAACCAACAUGCUCUUUCUGCCGCACCGGUAAAUAUCAUGCUUGUCCAGAUGUUGUCUUUUUCUCUACGCCUCCCCAUCACGGUACGCUGCGGCGGUAUCAUGCCCAUCCAGAGGCAUGGUUGCACAAGAUUCCGGACAACAUUUCUUUCGAGGAAGGUUCACUGCUCGAGCCUCUCUCUGUCGCUUUGGCUGGUAUCAAUCGGUCCGGCCUCCGUCUGGCGGAUCCUCUAGUCAUCUGCGGUGCUGGGCCCAUCGGUCUCAUCACGUUGUUAGCUGCCAGCGCGGCAGGGGCUGAGCCCAUUGUCAUCACAGAUAUUGACGAGAACCGCCUUUCUAAGGCCAAAGAGCUCGUGCCUCGAGUACAUCCAGUUCAUGUGCAGAAGCAGGAGAGCCCUCAACACCUUGGAGCACGUAUUGUCAGAGAGCUCGGCCAAGAGGCAAAAUUGGUCCUCGAGUGUACAGGCGUUGAAAGUAGUGUACACGCUGGCAUAUAUGCAACUCGCUUUGGAGGAAUGGUAUUUGUCAUUGGGGUUGGCAAGGACUUCCAAAAUAUCCCUUUCAUGCAUAUGUCGGCAAAGGAAAUCGACCUUCGAUUCCAGUAUCGUUACCACGACAUUUAUCCCAGGGCGAUUAAUCUCGUCAGUGCUGGAAUGAUCGACUUGAAACCUUUGGUGUCUCAUCGGUACAAGCUCGAAGAUGGUCUUGCUGCGUUCGACACCGCUAGCAACCCAGCUGCAAGGGCCAUCAAGGUGCAGAUCAUUGACGACGAAUAG